AUGUCCACCGUAAUCCCAAGCCACGGCCUCCCCCAACUACGCGCUACGAGCAUGAAGACCUCGAUGGUAUGGUUUUCAGCUCGUAAAUGCAACGAGCACGGGCAGUUCAUUGAUGAAGAUGCCCCGCCUCCGCAAGACGAAAACCCGCCUUCGUACCACCCUUGGCAAGACCGGCCCUCGUUCGAGUUCACAGUACUCAACUACCACGACAUUCGGCUCGCGAAGGAGCCCCUCAAUCAACUCCUACGGAUCUGGGCGGCGAAGAGUCUCCUCGACGGCCACCCGGACGCUGGCCCACCUUUCCAGAACGUCGAUGAGAUGCUGGAGACCAUAGACAAUGCGAUGUUUGGCGAAGCGCAGUGGCAGGUCUAUAAACGCUCAAAACGUCCCCGGAUCCGUGGUGCCAUGCUUGUACCAAUCAUACUCGGAGCAGACAAGACAACGGUAUCUGUUGCUACUGGAAAUCAAGAUUUCAUCCCGUUUACAUGUCUCUCGGCAAUAUCCACAACGACAUGCGUCGCGCCCACCGCGAGAGUGUCAUUCCAGUGGCAUUUCUCGCAAUUCCCAAAGCUUUUCGCGCUCAACGGACCCUCUACGCGUCCACUGGGCCGCGCUCAACACAUCCUGUUCACCACGCCCGUUGGGCGAGAUGAGCUGGGCGUGUUGAGCGCGAUGAGCUGGGCAGGUCGAGCAGGUCGAGCCAGGUCGGCAGGCGAGUUCGGCGUGGUCAUUCAGCAUGGCCAGCUGGACAUGUUGAGUCCAUCGAGAUGUCGUGCUAUGGAAACGACCUCGCGCACGAGGACCUCGCGAUUCAGGGAACAUACAGAAGAGCUACUGCAGACGUUCGACCCUGCCACGCUCUGGGAUGUAUAUGGUCUGAUCAAGGACGUCGAGCCGUACACAUAUUAUUUCCCUCGCGCGGACAUACAUGAGCUCCUAUCUCCUGAUAUUCUGCACCAGACGAUCAAGGGAACAUUCAAAGACCACCUCGUAACCUGGGUCAUCGACUACAUCACUGAAAACGCGGCCACCCCACACGAGGCCCGCAAUUCUCGAUGA